AUGGCUUAUUUUCAUCUCCCGGCCGCCACAUGCCAUUCCCUCGAGUCUGUUAUGGCCAACUUUUGGUGGGGUUUCAAUGAUAACAACUGUGCUAAGACCCAUUGGCAACGUUGGCAAAAGCUCUGUAAGUCUAAGAAAUAUGGAGGACUCAGCUUUCGUUCCCUGGUCCAUAUCAAUCAAGCUCUGCUGGCUAAACAAGAGUGGCGUAUCUUUAAGCAUCCAAACUCAACUGUUGCCAAAAUCUUAGCCGCCAGGUAUUUCCCAAACUCUUCUUUCAUUGACUGCUCUUUGGGUCACUCCCCCUCUUUUGUUUGGAGAAGCAUUUUCUGGGGAAAAGAGUUGCUGCAAAAAGGUCUUAUCACUAAAAUAGGUAAAGGGCAAAGCACUUUCAUCUCCCAUGAUUACUGGAUCCCUAGGUAUCGCCAAGUCACCACUCUCAUCCCGGCGUCUGAUACGGUUGCUUCCUUAAUUAAGAAUGAUAUGUCUUGGGAUUUCCCCCUAAUUAGAAACUAUUUUCCAACUCACAUUGUUCAGGAAAUUCUCUCCAUUCCCCUCUCCCUUCAACCUUCUAGUGAUACUCUGAUUUGGGAACACACAAAAUUGGGGGUUUACUCUGUUAAAUCGGGUCACCACAUUAGUCUCUCUUCCACCGCCCCUCUUGAUAUCCCUUCUUCCUCAACCCCUUCACCUUGGUGGAAAAAUCUCUGGCACCUUAAUAUCCCGCCUAAGGUAAAAACACUUUGUUUUCCGUGCUUCAAACUCUACUCUUCCAAAUCUUAG